AUGGCCACGAUCCAGCAGCUCUGCCCGGACGCUGCCACGGAGCCUGCCACGGCAGCCACCCUCCAGAAGCUUCGGGACGAGGACAAGAUCGACUGCCCGAUCUGUCUCCUCCCCUUCGCCGACCUCCUCACUGACGCGGAGCCCAACGAGAACAACUCCUGCGCCGACCCCAUCACCUUGCAAGCCUGCACCCACACCUUCUGCACGGCCUGCCUCAAGGACUGGAUCCGCCAAUCCCCCACCCACGCCAUCUCCUGCCCCAUGUGCCGCACCCACAUCGGCCACAAGGCAGACGCCUACAUCUGGCUUCAGGAAAACGCCGCCGCCUACGCCCGCGCCAACCACCGCAUGACGCGCUUCGGCACCGCCUACAUCACCGCAUCCAUCACCAUCGCCUACGCCCGCACCAACAACCUCCAGCCGCCGACGAUGCGCUUCCGGGCUGAACAGAUCUACAGCGCGGGCGGCGGCGUGCUCAGCCUCAUGAGCGACGCCAUCAACAACUUCCCGCCGCCGCCGCCGCCGCAGCAGCAGGCCGGCUUGUUGCCCGUGCGCCUGCCGACCUACGGCUCGCCGCGCUUCCUGCGCUUCGCUUCGGCGCUGCCGAUCGCCGCGCUCGGUGUCGUGAGGCAGCUCGGCGCUGUCGCUGAGGGGGACCCGGCGCUGCCGGACCAGCCGUUUGGCGGCUUGUGGCACGUUGCCGUCACGACGACGGCGACGGAGCUGCGGAGGUUGAUCUUGACUAAGCUGUUCGAGCUCUACCUCGAGCGCUACGGCAUCGACGUGCCCGGCGCGGGCGAGCUGCCUGGCGGCAUUGUGUCGGGCUGGCAGCGCCUCACGCAGGUUGCGCUGGAGGCCAUGCUGGCCCCCGGCGGAAUGCCGGGGGAUGAUAUGGUGAUGGUGGAUAGGACGCUGAUGGAGGUCGACCGCUAUGCGAGGAUGAUUGUUGGAGCGAUCCUUGUGGUCGGCGACAACAACGACGGGUUCCAGGGCGUUGUUGCUGCGGAGGCUUGA